CUCAACUAAUUUUUUCUGCCAAUUGAUGUUGAGAGAAUUAUUACCAUAGCUUCUUUUCAACCCAAGAUUGUUUGAUUUGAUUGGAAUGUAUACGGUAAAUUCAGAUUUUCACUUGGCGGGAAAUAUUGAUGAAAGUAAUGAAACUUUAGUCUCCAACACUCACACGGGCUGAAAAUUCAAUUCUACUCACAUUUUUCUUACAUGCCAAACACUCCUUUUCCUUUAUUUUCCAAUUCUCUCCAGUUGCAGAAUAGCUACUUUUAUAGAUGGCCGAACCGCAGAAGGAAACUUCAUCUGUAAAUGCUGAAAAGAAAAAGUCACUGCUAGAUGAUGAUAUUGGAAAUGAAUUUCUCAACUCCUGGAAGACCAUGUCAGUUACUGAAGACGAUACAAUGGAUUUUAACUUUAGUACGGUUUCCAAUGGCAAGAAGAAGGCAUUUGAUUUCGAUAAACUGGACAUGGAUUUCAAUCUGGAUGGUGAUUUUAACAAAUUAUCAUCUUUUAAAGUGGACAUGGAAGACUUUGAUUUCUCAGCCCCAUCCACCAAAGCUGUAAAGACAAAGGAGAAAUCUGAACAAGAAUCUUCUAAUGGGAAUCAGAAAGGGAAGAAAAAACAGUUUGAUUUCUCAUUUGACUUUAAUGAGCUAGAUUCUUUCAAUUUUGACUCAUCGUUAAUGAAAGAAGAAAAGGCUUCUCACCAGAGUCAUGAUGGAAAAAAGAGAAGUUCAUUAGAUGGAGAUGAAAGUCGGGGAUCCAAAAGUCAACUUAGCGAAGGCGUUAAAGCUUUUGACACCGUCGCCACAAAAGUACAGCCAUUUGAGGAUGUUCACACUUCAAAGGUUGAAAGUUCGUUAGCUGAAUCAUCACAUCUUACUUCCAUAAAAGAUGGCUCUGCAAAACAUGUGAUCUCUGAGGCUGCUAUUUUAUCACAUUGUGCUGAACCUUCUCCAGAAAAAGUAAUAGCUACUGAGAAAGAAAUUUCGUCAAAACUGUACUCUGAGAAGGCCAUUAUUGAUUUUUCUAGUCAAUGUUUAGAAGACGUCAAUUCAAAUAGGUAUGCUCUUUGUGAAGGGCAGAAUGAAAGUUAUGAACAGAGCUCAGGAUUACCAACAACCUUAAAUCAAAAGGAUGUAAAUGAAAAAGUGACGGUUGGUGUGUUAUCUUCUGAUGAAAAUUUACCCUUGAAGGAUUCACUGUCACUUGAAAACACUACUUUAGAAAGUAAUAAUGGUGAGACAAAUACAUCAGAUAGUAAGAAAUCAAAAGAAACUGUGGACUGUACUGUGUCAUCUGAAGCUGAUGAAAAAUGUGAGGAAAACUUGACCAGCUUUGUCUCAAGUAAGGAUCAACCUGAUGUCAAAGACAACAAGGAAAAGCAAAAUUUGUCAACAGAACUUCCUAUAGCUCUUCCUUCCAGGGAGGGUUUAAAUUCUAAUAGUGCACGAAUUGGAAAAGAGCUUUGUGGAAAUCCUCUGUUAGGUGCUAGAGAAUUUACUAAAGGCAAAGAUGCAUUGCAGGAGGGUGCAAAGAGUGAUAUGAAUCUUACUGAUAUCAGAGAUAGCUUUAUUUCUAAUGGUUUACCAAAUGGAAGCAAACUAGUUGGAAAAUCACAGCUGCCUGACGAUGAAGCUACAAAAGUUGAACCCGUCUUGCCGGCAAGUGAUAAGAUGGGUAAAGGUCAAAAUACUUUAGGCCUCCGAGAUUGUCCUUCUAGUUCAUCCGAGAAGCAAAUUAGAUCUAGUAAUCAGAUACCUCUUAAUUCUAAAGCAUUUUUCUCAAACAUGGAGGCUCUUCGAGACCCGAACCGAAAGAUCAAAUCAGCUGAAGAAACUACACUUUGUCCAGUGAAGGCUGUCAGGAAGUUGCCUGAUCUCUCUACCAUGAAAGUUUCCAAAUAUUGGACGACUGGAGCAAACCAAGUUUUAUCAAAUUCUCUACCUCCGAAAGAUAUUAUUUCUCUUCAGAAUCCAGAGAAAAAUGUGCAAGUGCAAGGUAACACUGCCAACACAGCAUCGGAUACUGCAUCUCCUGCUAUCAGCACUGAGAAGAAAUUGCCACUGAAUUUAUCUUUGAAGCGGAAAUCAUUGGAGUUAUCACAUUCAGAUUUAGCAUCUCUGAAGGCUUUAAAACGACCGUCCACAUCACUGAUUGAAAGCAGAGAUAUUAAGGAACCGUUGAAGCGAGUUGUUGAAGAAAAGUUUUCUCCUGCAGAAAAGAAUUCAAUAUCUGAUUCAGGGAAGAUCCUAAAGCCUCUGAAAUUUCCUUCUGAGUCAUUUGGUGGAAGCAGAAAUUUGAAGGAACCUUUGAAAAGAAUUGAUGUCAAAGAAUCUGUAAGAAGAGUUGAUGAAGAUAAGGCUAACUUUCAUGAGAACCAGGUAAAGAGUAAGCCUAGGGGCAGUCCCUACAAUAGUCCAGCCCCUGCGUAUGAAAGUUCUCCAAAGGUUAACGUGAUGGAACUUGAAAUUUCAUCUGUUACUGAAAAUGAUGGAACUGUUGAAAAGGCAGAAGCAUUGUCAAAGGAGCUUGAAGAAAUUUGCAAUAUGCUGAAAAAGAAACACGAUGAAGCCAAAGAAAUACUAGUGGGAGCAGUUGUAAACAACAAUAAUUUACUCAUGCUGAACCAUCCUCUCUAUGAAGAGAAGAUCUACAAGAUCCAGAAAUUUGCUGCUGAGCUGAUGUCCAAGGAGAUUAAAACGUGAUUAGAAGAGCACUAGGAUUCUUCACACAAAGGUAUGCUGAUUCUGUCACUGAUUUCUGAGAUGCUUGAAGAAAACCUAUACUUUCAAACUAUGUUGUGUAAAAUCAUGUUGAGCAUAAAUUUCAAAAGAGUUCUCUAUAGUUAGUCUAAUGCAAGUCAAGCAAGGGUCUGGCAUUAUUGAAUUGACAAAUUAUACGUCUAUGUAAUAAAGGAGUUAUUCUGAUGUAUGUGAAUUGUGAACCAUAUGGGCAUUAGUCUAUUACUAAAGUGGUUCUACUUCAACCAUAUCUUGUACUUAUUAACAUUUGUACAUUGACCUUUCAAUGAAGCAUGCUUUUUUACAUGUGUGAAA